CGAAAAACUAUGACUUUGGGACUGCGUUUGCUCAUCUCUGCUUAUUUUGGCACAACCCGACAUUGAGGACUAUUCCUUGAAUGGAGAUCGUGGACGGCGCCAUCUGAUAGUGCUAUGCGCACCUCAAAUAGGUCUACCCUGCAUAUUAUAUACCAAAAUGGGAAGAGCAGUACCAAAAGAUGGUGCAGGAUGUACUCGUCGAAGACAGAAUCAUCUACCCAUCUUUACCCCCUCGGCGUGUCUGGGACCUGUACAGUAACCGAGUGGUGCCAUGGUGGAUUGUCCGGCGAUGGCCAUGGGGGAUAUCGCAUGCAUGGAUAGACGAGGAAGACCGCAAGGAUGUGUUGACACCCAUCAACGGAUACGAAUGGCCAGUGCCAAUCCCUAAAGACACCAGCCUGGAGCACAUCCGGAUUGAGAUGCUCAAUCUAGGAGCAAAGUACGUGUGGCUGGAUGUACUCUGUUUGAGACAGAAAGGGGGCCGCAGGGAAGAUCUGCGAGUGGAGGAGUGGAAAGCGGAUGUGCCCACCAUUGGAUCUGUGUAUGAACAGGCUGAGAAAGUGGUGUGUUAUCUGAGUGGGCUGGGACGGCCGUUGAGUUCCGACGCUGACAACUUUGAGAGUGACCGGUGUUGGUUCAAGCGUGCAUGGACCCUGCAAGAGAUCAGCAGGCAUCCGAUCAUCGGUGGGGUCACUGACGACAAGGAGCUACGAUGGAGAUUCCAGGAGCAGUUAUCAUCACUGCGGAGGAUACACGGUCAACACCGUGUGUAUGAAGUGUUGUUGCAGAUGCAGAAACGGGUGUCGACGAAUCCUGUGGAUAAAGUUGCGGGGAUGGCGUACCUUCUGAAUUCAAACUCUAUACCAGCUUACUACGGAAAGCAAUCCGAAGAGGUGUGGGCAGCCUUGGUGAAUAUGACAGCACAACACACUCAGGGGGAUUUGCUCUUCCUGUAUCCUAAACCUGGAAACGGUAACAAAAUUUGGCGGCCAUCAUGGAGGCAGGUCAUGAUCGAGGAACUUCCAUCGCAACGCCGCAAUUUGCAGAUUGGUUGUUGGAAUCUGGACGGCAAGAAGAUGUAGACUCAUACCGCAAUGGAUACAUUGUUGAAUCGGCCAUUGUAAAAGGAUUGUCCGAGGGAGACUCGCAACGACGUGUGCGAUCAGGAGAGCUUGUUGAAGACAAUACAGGAACAGAGUAUAUAUUUGAGAUCUUCGCCUAUCAUCAGUACGCAAUACCGGAUGGCUCAUACACGUUGCUAG